AUGCGAACCACCAAGGCCCUGCGUAUCCACUUCCUGUCCCAAUUGCUUCGACAGGAUAUUGCGUUCUUCGACUCUAAUAAGAGCGGGCCACCAUCGGUCCAGGUGACUACCAAUGCGAACCUGGUCAACCAAGGCAUUUCCGAGAAGCUAGGCUUUACGGUUCAAGGUAUAUCAACCUUCGUUACCGCUUUUGUAGUUGCUUUUGCGGUCCAGUGGAAACUCACCCUCAUCACAAUCUGCAUCGCACCCGUAAUCCUCGUUGUGACAGCGAUCUGUGGUUCGAUCUACGUUCAACAAGAGAACAUGGUUAUGGAGGUUAAUGCGAAGGCCGGUGCCAUGGCGGAGGAAAUCCUUUCGAGUAUGAAGACCGUACAUGCCUUCUCGGCCUUCCCAAAGCUGUCCGCCAAAUACGAUGCAUUUCUCCAACACGCUAAACGGCUUGGGUUAAAACAGUCCUUCAACUUUGCCGUCUUCUAUUCUGCGGAAUUUUUCUGCGUAUAUGCUGGUUAUGGCUUGGCUUUUUGGCAGGGUGUGAGGCUGUAUGCAAAGGGCGAAAUCAGAGAACCCGGUGGGAUCGUUACGGUUAUUUUCACCGUCAUCGUCGCAGCCACAGCCUUGACCCAGAUUGCACCUCAGAUGAUGCAGAUCGCGAAGUCUGCGUCCGCUGCAGCAAAGAUGUUCAAGGUCAUCGAUCGAGAACCGACCAUUGACUCCCUAUCUGACUUGGGGAAGCGACCUGAGAAAUGCACUGGUAACAUUCAGCUUUCCCAAAUUUGCUUUUCCUAUCCCUCCCGUCCACAUGUUCCUGUUCUCAGAAACCUAGACCUCUUAAUUCCAGCCAACAAGACUACUGCGCUCAUAGGCAGUAGCGGUUCGGGCAAGAGCACAGUAACUGGCUUGCUCGAUAGAUGGUAUGAACCGUCUAGUGGGAAAAUACUCCUGGACGGCAUAGAGAUCAAGGAGUUAAACAUUCGAUGGCUUCGAUCUAAUAUCCGCAUUGUGCAGCAGGAACCGGUCCUGUUUAACGGGUCUAUAUUCGAUAAUGUCGCGUACGGCCUUGUCGGUACGAAGUUCAGCAACUGCUCCAAAGAUAAUCAGAUGCGUCUUGUUGUUGAUGCCUGCCGAGCUGCUUAUGCACAUGAAUUUAUUGAACAGCUGCCUGAGGGCUACUGCACGCAGGUCGGAGAGCGCGCAACAAUGUUAUCUGGGGGGCAAAAGCAGAGAAUUGCAAUCGCUCGUAGCAUCGUUUCCGACCCGAAGGUUCUAAUUCUGGAUGAGGCGACAAGUGCUCUGGAUCCAAAAUCUGAGAAGAUUGUGCAAGAAGCGCUUGACAACGUAUCAUCACAGCGGACGACUGUUGUGAUCGCACACAAGCUUUCGACAAUUAGAAAAGCCGAUAAGAUAGUGGUAAUAUCCAGGGGUGAGAUUAUCGAGACCGGGACUCAUGAUGAGCUAAACGCAGCCGGCGGAGCGUAUCAUCGGCUGAUCAAGGCUCAGGAUCUGGGAACAGUUCACGCUGGAGAAGACAUUACUAAAGAGAGGAACGAAGCGCCUGUUAGCUUGGCUAUGGUCCCUUCUGCCCAGAACCCCGAUAUUUACGCUGUUUCCAUUGAUGAUGUCGACCAGAAACAACGACACAAACGUUCGGUUCGAGAUCGCAGCUUGAUUCGGUGUCUCGUCAUUUUCUUCUGGGAACGGCGCGAGUUGUGGUUAUACUUUCUCGUCUCUUUAGUCGCCUGUCUUGCAGGAGGCGCAUCUUACCCUAUACUUGCAUUCGUCUUUGCGAAAGUGUUAGAUGUCUUUCAGAUCCAGGAUCCUCAUGAUAUGAUAAGGAAAGGCGAUUUCUACGCUCUCAUGUUUUUCGUCAUGGCGCUGGCUAUCCUUCUGAUAUACUCCAUUCUCGGGUGGCUUACAAACGUCAUCGCAACGAACAUUGCCCACAUCUAUCGGCUUGAGAUAUUCAACAGUUACCUGCGUCAAGAUAUGGCUUUCUAUGAUCAACCAGGGCACACCACAGGAGCCCUGGCUUCACGACUGUCCACCGAACCAACCUAUCUCCAGGAGUUAAUGGGUAUAAACAUUGGAACGUUACUUAUAGCGUUUAUCAAUGUUGUAUCCAGUUCCACACUUUCAAUCGCAGUCGGAUGGAAAUUAGGACUGGUUGUUUUGGCGGGCGCUAUGAUCCCGAUUGUAUUUUGUGGUUAUCUGAGAGUCCGCCUUGAAUUCUUACUCGAUGAUUGUGUCCUGGAUCGCUUCGCUGAUAGCGCAGCGUUGGCCAGCGAGGCUGUCUCCGCCAUCCGUACCGUCGCCUCGCUUGCAAUGGAGGAGACCGUCUUGCAUAGAUACAGCGAGAAAUUGAACGGAAUUGAACAGAGGUCCCUCAAGUUCCUGGUGUGGACUAUGUUUUGGCUGUCAUUAUCUCAGUGCCUUUCACUUCUCUCGGAGGCUCUGAGCUUCUGGUAUGGAGGUCGUCUGUACUCUUUUGGGGAGUAUUCUAGUACCCAACUGUACAUCAUCAUGACAGCGGUUGUUCUCUCUGGGGAAGGAGCAGCAUCGUUCUUCGCCUUCACUACGAGUAUUACAAAGGGGCAGGCGGCAUGUAACUAUAUUCUCUGGCUUCGUUAUCUGGUUCCUAGCGUCAAGGACGGUGGCUCUCCGGACACCUUCAAGGAACAGCGGCAUGCUGCUGCUCAUGUCAAGUGCGAGGACUUGGAGUUUAGUUACCCGACUCAGCCUAAUCGUCCUGUCCUCCAAAAAAUUAACGCAGAUAUCCUCCCAGGCCAAGUGGUUGCAUUUGUGGGUCCAUCCGGCCACGGUAAAUCAAGUCUGGUUUCACUGCUGGAGAGAUAUUAUGAUCCAGUCUCUGGUUGCAUCAAAUUCGACGGCACCGAUAUUUCGACAGUCUCGCUCAAGUCCUAUAGAAGUAAUCUGGCACUCGUUCAGCAGGAGCCCACACUCUAUCAGGGGACGAUUCGCGAAAACAUCGCUCUCGGUCUUGAAAAAGAUGCCACGGACGAUGAAAUUCUAUAUGCAUGUCGGCAGGCGAACAUCUACGACUUCAUCAUGUCUCUCCCUGACGGCCUUGCCACCGCAUGCGGUUCCCGGGGUAGUCUGGUUUCCGGUGGCCAGCGACAACGUAUUGCCAUUGCUCGCGCUCUUAUUCGUAAACCGAGAUUGCUUUUCUUAGAUGAAGCAACAUCUGCACUGGAUACGGAGAGCGAGCGCAUUGUGCAGGCAGCCUUGGACAAGGCUAAGGAGGGACGGACGACGGUUGCCAUCGCCCACCGGUUAUCAACCAUCAAGGAUGCAGACCAGAUAUUUGUUCUUGUUGACGGAAGGAUCGUUGAAAGAGGCACGCAUGACGAGCUGUUGACUAUAAAGGGCGUCUAUUACAACAUGUGUCUGGGUCAGGCGUUGGAUAGGGGCAUUUGA